ACCAUAGAGACUCAGAACUUUUGCGCGGAGGCCGGAAGUGAGUUGGGAGUGCGGGCUCGGCGCUGAAGCCGCUGAGUUGGGGCCGAGGAAGUGAGGAGCCGACCGGCGGGGGCGGCGAAGAUGGCGUCGUUCGUUACCGUGCAGCUGAAGAAGGCCUCGGAGGUGGACUUGGCCAAGCCGCUGUGCAAGUUCAUCCAGCAGACUUACCCUGGCGGGGAGUCUCAGGCCGAGCACGUUCGCGCCGCCGAGGAGCUCCACAAGCUGCGCAAGAGCGCGCUUGGGCGCGCGCUCGACAAGCACGAGAGCUCGCUCGAGACCCUCUUGAGAUACUAUGAUCAGCUGUGUUCCAUAGAGCCAAAAUUUCCAUUUUCUGAGAAUCAGAUCUGUGUAACCUUUACCUGGAAAGAUGCUUUUGACAAAGGUUCACUCUUUGGAGGAUCUGUCAAACUUGCUUUGGCAAGUUUGGGCUAUGAGAAGACUUGUGUGCUGUUCAAUUGUGGAGCACUGGCUAGCCAGAUAGCAGCAGAACAGAAUCUUGACAGUGAUGAAGGAUUGAAAGCUGCUGCUAAACAUUAUCAGUUUGCUAGUGGUGCCUUCCAGCACAUUAAAGAUACUGUCCUCUCAUCAUUAAGUCGAGAACCUACAGUGGACAUCUCCCCAGAUACAGUUGGAACACUAAGCCUAAUCAUGCUGGCUCAGGCUCAAGAAGUCUUUUUUCUAAAAGCUACCAGAGAUAAAAUGAAAGAUGCCAUCAUUGCUAAACUUGCAAAUCAAGCUGCUGACUAUUACGGCGAUGCUUUCAAACAGUGUCAGUACAAGGAUACAUUACCCAAGUAUUUUUAUUUCCAGGAGGUGUUUCCUGUUCUGGCAGCAAAACACUGCAUAAUGCAGGCCAAUGCAGAAUACCACCAGUCUAUCCUGGCAAAGCAGCAGAAGAAAUUUGGCGAAGAAAUUGCAAGAUUGCAACAUGCUGCCGAUCUAGUAAAAACAGUGGCAUCUCGCUAUGAUGAAUAUAUAAAUGUAAAAGACUUGUCUGAUAAAAUCAGCCGUGCACUUACAGCUGCUAAGAAGGACAAUGACUUCAUCUAUCAUGACAGGAUACCUGAUCUUAAAGAUCUAGAGCCUAUUGGAAAAGCCAGUCUUGUGAAAGCCACUCCAGUUGUUGUCCCCUUGAGUCAGAAAUUUACUGAUUUGUUUGAGAAGAUGGUUCCCCUGGCAGUGCAGCAAGCUCUCACUCUCUACAACCAAAGAAAGGCAGACUUGGUUAACAGAUCAAUAGCCCAGAUGAGGGAGGCCACCAAUCUGGCAAAUGGAGUGCUGGCUUCCCUCAAUCUCCCCGCUGCCAUAGAAGAUGUUUCUGGGGAUAGUGUUCCUCAGUCCAUUUUGCAGAAGUCUAAGUCUGUGAUUGAACAGGGAGGUGUCCAAACUAUUGAUCAGUUGAUGAAAGAUCUUCCGGAACUGUUACAGAGAAAUAGAGAGAUUCUGGAUGAGUCUCUAAGGAUAUUGAAUGAAGAAGAAACAACAGAUAAUGAGCUAAAGAACAAGUUCAAGGAACGUUGGCAAAGAACACCAUCAAAUGACCUUUAUAAGCCUUUAAGAGCAGAGGGAGCCAAUUACAGCAAUAUCUUGGAUAAAGCUGUGCAAGCUGACAAACAGGUUAAGGAACGUUACCAAACGCAUCGUGAUACAAUUUCACUGUUAUGUAAACCAGAACCAGAACUGAAUGCAGCAAUUCCGUCAGCAAAUCCGGCAAAAACUAUGCAGGGAAGUGAGGUGGUGAAUGUCCUAAAAUCCUUGCUAGCUAAUCUGGAAGAAGUGAAAAAGCAGAGAGAGCAAUUAGAGAAUGAUCUGAAGGCAAUAAACUUUGACAUGACAACAAAAUUCCUAACAGCCCUUGCACAGGAUGGUACUUUAAAUGAAGAAGCCAUUUCUGUCACUGAGUUGGAUCGCAUUUAUGGUAGUCUCACCCACAAAGUACAGGAGACCCUGAAAAAACAGGAGGAGCUGCUCACCAACAUUCAGAAUUCACAUCAGGAAUUUUCUAAGAUGAAGCAAUCAAAUAAUGAAUCCAAUUUAAGAGAAGAAGUUCUAAAGAAUUUAGCUGUUGCUAAUGACAAUUUUGUGGAACUUGUAGCCAACCUGAGAGAAGGCACAAAGUUUUACAAUGAAUUGACUGAAAUCCUUCUGAAGUUCCAAAACAAAUGCACUGACAUUGUGUUUGCACGCAAAACGGAGAGAGAUGAACUUCUGAAAGAUUUGCAGCAAAGUAUUGCUAAAGAACCCAGUGCACCUUCUUUUCCUUCUGUGCCUGCAUACCAAACUGGAGGAAACAAACCUCCAGCAUCAUCAACUCCAACUCCAGCUCCCAGAACCAGCGUGGUCAGUAAACCACAGCCCCCAGCACGCCCUCCCCCACCGGUGAUUUCUUCGGCAAAUGCACUCACUACUCCUGUACAAGCAGCCAUGGGGACAGCACCUUCUCCGGCUGGCUCUGCAGCUAGCACAGCACCUUCACAGGCUCAGGGGCCGCCUUAUCCAACAUAUCCAGGAUACUCUGGAUACUGCCAGAUGCCUAUGCCAAUGGGCUACAAUCCUUACAUGUAUGGCCAGUUCAAUCUGCCAUACAAUCCUGCGGCUAUGUACCAAAAUCCUGGACAAGCACCGUAUCCAGGACCACAGCAGCCUGGAUAUCCUUACCCACAACACCCUCCACAACAGCCUGGAUAUCCUUAUCCACAGCAAUAACAUAUCUGCAAAGAAGCACUGCUUGUUAUAACUAAGAGAAACUUGCAAUAAGCAUACUAAAUCUUUAGUUCCAGUUAGUGUACCUCGCUGUAUUGAAAACGCUCCGUAACUUUUCUCUGGUUAGAUUCUCAAACAUUCUGCGCUCCCAAUUGGAUUCUGACUGUAUUAAACCUCAGCAGGCUGCAUCUAUAGUACAUGAACAGAAUUAGAUUACAGCAAACGGUGUGAACUACACUUAAACCAAAAUUCUUUAUUAAAAAAAAAAUAAUUUACUAUAAAUAGUAUUUGGGGUAAUUGAGAUGAAAAGCAAAAGGAAUUGCACUGGGUGAGAUUUAGUCCACAAGACUAAAUCAGGUUUCCUUCUAUAUUUUGCUGGUUUGUAUUUUGGGUAUCAGUUUAGCUCACAAUCAAGACAUUGUAAAUCUUAAGUGCAACAUAAUAUUGCAUAGAGAUGGUUUAGAAAUGUUUAACAGUAGAUAUUUCUUACCACCCUAUAACUGGUGUUAUGUUUCUGAAGUUUGGGUGCACUCUUUGGCGUUGGUUUUUGAAGCCAAGAUUUCUGCUAAACACUCAAGGAUGGAGAUUGGUUGUAUUUGAGUUCCUGUAAUAUACAAAUGAUUCCAUAGAUCAAUAUUAUGUUACUCCAGAAUGAGCAAGAAAAAUAAAUCUGCAUAUUUUUAUUGAAUCUUUCAGAAGACUAGCUUUCAAGUUGGAAGAUGUUUAUCAGUGAUGAUUUGCAAAAAAUGUUGCUAAAUUGCUAUUCAUGACUGGCUGAGAAGUAAAACACUUGACAUUUAUUUUGA